GUUAGAUUCUGUUAGCAUUCAGUUAGAUUAUUCAGUUUUCUGUUUUUCAGUUACUUUACUCUCUUGCAUUUUCAUUCCACAUUAUAAAUACAUCAUAUUGCAUCAUUCAUUUCAAUCACAUUCAUUCAUUCACUAUUUUUCAAUUCAUCUCUCUCACUCACAAAUCAAGAUUCAAGAUCACUCUUUUUUUUUUUUUUGCUUCACAAUGCAUAAGGUUCUACAAACUGUAGUUGAUCUGUUCAGGAGGAGGAAUGAUGAUCUCAUUGCAUUCGAUGAAGACCCUUACACGAGAUCGAUCAAUCUCGAACGACAUUGCUUUGGAGAAUUUUCUAUGGCUAAUGCUCAAGCCAAUACAAUUAUGGAAGAUCAAAGCCAAGUUGAAGUUGCCUCUCACAAUGCACUCUAUCUUGGAGUUUACGAUGGCCAUGGUGGCGUCGAAGCAUCGCUCUAUGUUCUUAAUAACCUCUUCAACAAUCUAUUGAGGUUUGCUCAUGAGAAUGAUAACGCUAUAACUGAGGCGACUUUGAUGAAUGCGGUUGCUGAUACCGAACGUGGAUUUUUUGAUUAUGUGCUAAAUAAUAUUGUUCAAAUUCAGACGAUCGGAAAAGUUGGUUCAUGCUGUCUUGCUGGGGUUUUGUGGAAGGGUGUGCUGUAUAUCGCAAAUCUUGGAGAUUCGCGUGCUGUAAUUGGUUCUGUGGUUGACAAAAGAGUCACUGCUGUAAAAUUGACAACAGAUCACAACUGUAAUGAUCCGGUUAUUCGAGAAGAACUCAAAUCAAUGCAUCCCGGUGAUGAUACCAUUGUGAUGGAGAAGAAUGGGUGGCGCGUCAAAGGCAUCAUUAUGGUUAGUAGAAGUAUUGGUGAUACAUAUUUGAAGAGGCCUCCAUUUUUGUUGCCGGCUUCCUUCCCGACGUACGAGAAAGUUCCUGAUCCUUUUGAGAGAGGGGUGGUAUCUGCAGAACCAGAGAUGCUUACUAGAGUUAUAGAAGAAACUGAUAAGUUUCUUAUAUUUGCUUCUGAUGGACUCUGGGAUCUCAUGUCAAAUGAUGAGGCAGUUCAAAUUGUUCAUAAGAAUCCAAGAAAUGUAAGUAUAUAUCUAUGCCUUGUUCUUUCUUAGUUUUUCCUU